GGGGCGUGAGAGGCGGGAGGUGCCGCGAAUUGCGCGUGCGCAGGAUCCCCCAAGAUGGCGGCGGCCAUGCCUGGGCUUUCUGAGGCGCUGAGUGCGCAGAGAAGGGCGACCGAAGUGUUGAAGGGCCGCUAGCCUCGCUUAGCCUUCCUCGCCGGCUGCCAGUCGGGGGCGAGGGCCUCCUGAGGCGGAGAAGGGCCUGGCAUGGAGGCCCCGGGCGUGGGCGGGGCCGGAGCGGCGGGCAGCAACGUGCCGGCCUUCCUCACCAAGCUCUGGACCCUCGUCGAGGACCCCGAGACGGACCCGCUCAUCUGCUGGAGCCCGAGUGGAAACAGCUUCCAUGUUUUUGACCAAGGCCAGUUUGCAAAGGACGUCCUUCCGAAAUACUUCAAACACAACAACAUGGCCAGUUUCGUACGGCAGCUUAACAUGUAUGGCUUCCGGAAGGUGAUCCACAUCGAGCAGGGAGGUCUGGUGAAGCCGGAGAAAGACGACACGGAAUUCCAGCACCCCUACUUCCUGCGUGGCCAGGAGCAGCUCCUGGAGAACAUCAAGAGGAAGGUCACCAACGUGUCCAGCAUCAAGAGUGAGGACAUCAAGGUUCGCCAGGACAACGUGAGCAAGCUCUUGACGGAUGUCCAGGUGAUGAAGGGCAAGCAGGAGAGCAUGGACUCCAAGCUGAUUGCUAUGAAGCAUGAGAACGAGGCGCUGUGGCGGGAGGUGGCCAGUUUGCGGCAGAAGCAUGCCCAGCAGCAGAAGGUGGUCAACAAGCUCAUCCAGUUCCUGAUUUCCUUGGUGCAGUCCAACCGUAUUCUCGGGGUGAAGCGGAAGAUCCCCUUGAUGUUGAACGACAGCAGCUCAGCCCAUUCCAUGCCCAAAUACGGACGCCAGUACUCUCUGGAGCACGUCCACGGCCCGUCCCCUUUUUCUGCCGCCUCCCCGACCUACAGCGGCUCCUCCAACCUCUACUCCCCGGACUCCUCCUCCGCCAACUCCGGCCCCAUCAUCUCAGACGUGACUGAGCUGGGCCCCUCCAGCCCCUCCGCCUCCCCUGGCAGCAGCAUCGACAACGGAAGGAGCAGCCCCUUGAUCCGCAUCAAAGAGGAGCCCCCCAGCCCUCCCCGCAGCCCCUCCCAGGGCGCAGAAGAGGAGGGCAACCCCGCCGUGGAGACCCCCCUCUCGCCCUCCACCUUCAUCGACGCCAUCUUGCAAGAAGAGGCCCCCAACGCCUCCGCGGCCCUCUCCGCCGGCACCACCACCACCACCACCGCCGUCCAGCCCCAGAACCCCAGGAAGUGCCUCAGCGUCGCCUGCCUUGACAAUUUGGCUCGUAAUCCGCAGAUGUCAGAGGUCAGCUGCCUUUUCCCCAGCCCUUCCUCUUCCUCACUGCACUGCAGACCACAGCAAGGGAACGAGCUGAACGACCACCUGGACACCAUGGAUUCCAGUCUGGACAACCUUCAGGCCAUGCUCUCCACCCACGGCUUCAGCGUGGACACAAGCGCCUUGCUGGACCUUUUCAGUCCUUCGGUGACGGUGACCGAUAUGAACCUGCCGGAUCUGGACAGCAGCUUGGCCAGCAUCCAAGACCUCCUCUCCUCCCAGGAGCAGCAGAAGCCAUCAGAGUCAGAGGACCCUUCGGCCGACGCAGGCAAGCAGUUGGUGCACUACACGGCCCAGCCCCUCUUCCUGGUGGACUCGGGCUCGGUGGACGUGGGCUGCGGCGUCGGCGGGGAGCUGCCCAUCUUCUUUGAGCUGGGGGAGGCGCCGAGCUUCACGGAGGGAGACGAGUUCCUGGAGGACCCCACCGCCUCCCUCUUCUCGGGCACAGAGGACCCCAAGCCCCCGGACCCCGCCGUCUCGUAGGGGAGGGCCGGAGCGGCGGAAGAGAGACCCAACGGGGCGGCCAGAGGUCCUGCUGGACACCUCCUCCUCCUCCUUUGGGGUGGACCUUGGGGCGGCCUCACCGGGGUUGCUGUUUGUGUGUGUGCGUGUGCGCUUUCACCAAGCUGGGCAUGAAAGGCGGUCACUCCAGGUCAGGCACGGGGCAGUGGUUUUGGGACACGGGUACCCGAGUCAAGCCCGGACCUUGGCCCGGCAGUGGUGUGGCAGUGGUCACUUUAGGAGAAGAGCCACUCCAGCCACCAGCUUCUAUCUGGAUGGACGGACUGACAGAUGUGUUGUUUUCUAAAGGUCAAUAAGGAGGCCCCUCCCUCCCUCCCUCCCUCCCUUCUAGGGCUGGGUCCCUUUCUUGCAUCGGAAGUCAUGCUCUCUGGGUUGGGAGGGGGCUCUCUCGCGGAAGCCCCUCCUCCUCCUCCCCCCCACAUUUUGCCCCCUCUGCCCCACUCCUUCCUCCUCCUUUCCCCCCACGGAGGGAGGGAGGGGGUCCGCUUUCCUCGCUUAGCGGUAAGGAAUUUGUACAUUUACACUUUUGAUUGUUAUUAGAAGAAAUUGUAUUUUGGAUUUUUACAUGAGAGAAGAAGACCCCCCCCCCUUCUCCCUCCCUCCCCGAACUCCCCCCCCUUCUCUCUCUCUCUCUCUGCUAUAUAAAUAUCUCUAUAUACAUACUCCAAAUAUAUUAUCUAUAUCUACA